GGAUAAUUGGGACCAUACAUUGUAAGCUGCUUUGGGCAGGGUGCUGUCAUUUGUGUUUGUCCAUAAAGUACUAUGGCUCUGUAAAAAUAAUAAUGUUAAACCUGACAAUGCUUUUUUAAGAUUAUGUCUUCAAGUUUUGGUGGCUUUCUCCGUAUAGACAUAUUAUAAUGGAAGACCAACAAAUUCCAAAGUGUCAGGGAGUGCAGCUACACAACUGGGGAUCACAUGGGUGCCAGAAGCUUCAGUGGUGCAAUAAAAUUGCUGGUGAUGGCCAUAAACUGAAUAUACAGCCUAAGCACAUAGCCAGACAUGAUCCAGGUGGCCCUGAAUCUGCAAGAAGGCUGGAUCCCUUUAGGAUUUGCCAUGAUGAUGGUGUCUCCACAUAGUGGUCAAGUGGAGUUAGGAAAGGUGAAAUAGGAUGAGACCCUUCUGAGAACUGAGAGUGUUUGCUCUGUACCAAAUCAUUACCAGGCCUGCGUUGAUCCCAUGGGAACUUUUUUUGCCCUACAUGCUUAUUUGUGACAUUGUAAUGUUGGGAAGGUCUGCACUGCUUACAGCUGGAAGAAGAUUUCCAACUCAAGACCUAUGUGCUGCUACUCAUUUUCCAAUGAAGUACAUCCUGGUUACCGGUGGUGUCAUCUCAGGCAUUGGCAAAGGAAUCAUUGCAAGCAGCAUUGGCACCAUAUUGAAAUCAUGUGGUCUACGAGUCACUGCAAUCAAAAUUGAUCCUUAUAUUAAUAUAGAUGCUGGAACUUUCUCACCGUAUGAGCAUGGUGAAGUUUUUGUACUAAACGAUGGGGGAGAAGUUGACUUAGACUUGGGAAAUUAUGAAAGAUUCUUGGACAUCAACUUAUAUAAAGAUAAUAACAUCACCACUGGAAAGAUCUAUCAACAUGUAAUCAAUAAAGAAAGACAUGGCGAUUACUUGGGAAAGACAGUUCAAGUUGUUCCACACGUUACUGAUGUUGUUCAAGAAUGGGUGAUGAAUCAGGCAAAGGUUCCUGUGGACAGUGACAAGAAAGAGCCACAAAUAUGUGUCAUUGAGCUAGGUGGAACUAUUGGAGACAUUGAAGGAAUGCCAUUUGUUGAGGCAUUCAGACAGUUCCAGUUUAAGGCAAAAAGAGAAAACUUCUGCAAUAUCCACGUUAGCCUUGUACCACAGCCUAAUGCUACUGGAGAACAGAAAACAAAACCUACACAGAACAGUGUUCGAGCGCUGAGGGGCCUAGGUUUGUCUCCAGAUCUGAUAGUCUGCAGAAGUACAAAGCCUAUAGAAAUGGCUGUGAAGGAAAAGAUUUCCAUGUUUUGCCAUGUGGAACCCGAACAGGUGAUAUUUAUCCAUGAUGUUUCUUCCACUUACCGAGUGCCAAUCCUGUUGGAAGAACAAGGCAUUAUUAAAUAUUUUAAACAGAGAUUAAACCUACCUAUUGAUGACCAACCAAGUGAUCUUCUUUUCAAAUGGAAGAAAAUGGCAGACAGAUAUGAAAGGUUGCUGAAGAUAUGCUCCAUAGCUCUGGUUGGCAAGUAUACGAAACUAAGUGACUGCUAUGCAUCUGUUUUCAAGGCCUUGGAACAUUCAGCUUUGGCAAUAAAUCACAAACUGAAUUUAAUGUAUAUAGAUUCAAUAGAGCUUGAGCAUUCUACAGAAGUUGAGAACCCAGUGAAAUACCACCAGGCAUGGCAAAAAUUAUGCAAAGCGGAUGGCAUUUUGGUCCCAGGCGGGUUUGGAUUUAGGGGAACAGAAGGCAAACUCCAAGCAAUCUCUUGGGCAAGAAAAAAGAAAAAACCUUUUCUUGGAGUUUGCUUGGGGAUGCAGCUGGCAGUGGUGGAGUUUGCAAGAAACUGUUUAAACUGGGAAGAUGCAAAUUCUACAGAAUUUGACCCAAACACAAAAUAUCCUGUUGUCAUUGACAUGCCUGAACAUAAUCCUGGAGAUAUGGGAGGAACAAUGAGACUGGGAAAAAGGAGGACUAUUUUCAAAACAGAAGACUCUGUCCUAAGGAAACUUUAUGGUGAUGAAGAUUUUGUGGAGGAACGACACAGGCAUCGAUAUGAGGUAAAUCCAGAAUUGACUGGCUGCUUUGAAGAGAAAGGUUUGAAAUUUGUUGGCCGUGACAUAGAAGGGAGUAGAAUGGAGAUCAUUGAAUUGGAAAAUCACCCAUAUUUUGUUGGUGUCCAGUUUCAUCCAGAGUUUUCCUCAAGACCUAUGAAGCCCUCACCUCCAUACCUUGGUCUCUUGCUUGCAGCAACUGGGACACUCAGUGCAUACUUGCAACGUGGAUGUAAAUUUUCUCCAAGCGAGGUAAUAAUAUUGAGUAAGCAGAAAAAGGCCCAAAGCAAAACCCAGGAUUUGCUGGGUCAGAAUUUUGUGGCUGAGCCAAACCAAGAUCUCUGAUCCCAACAGCCCCAGACCUGUCUCUGUAACCAAGGUAAAGUUCCUGGGACAUUUCUUUUUUAUAGCAAUACUUUUCAACCUGUUAAUUAAUUCAUAUUUGUAAAAAGCUUUAAUGAUCAAAGAUGCCAUGUUAAUUACUAAUAAUUAUAAAGAGCAUGUGAGGCCAGGGGAAACCUAGGGUAAAAUGGCAAAGCUUCUCAAAAUAUAGACCACUGUAAGAUAACCUACUCAGAUCCAAUUUUAAAGGGCUCCGCUAUCCUGAAAGCAAAGUGCAGAACUUACCAGCUUUGCUUUUUUUCUGAAGACUCAAUAGGAACAUAAUAAUUACCAAGCCAAUUCAAACUGCUGGUAUUCUGGUUCUUAUCGUUUACAGCAGAUCUUUCAUAUGCAAGUUAACCUCAACGCUAAUGGUCCUGGCCAUUGUAUAAUGAUGUACAUAUAGGGAAAAACUCCUUCCUGACUUCUGCAGGUCAUCUCUUAUAAAUCGUAAUAUUCAAAUAUUACCUUAAUAGGGCUGUCAAUUAAUUGCAGUUAACUCAUGCCAUUAAUUUUUUUUAUCG